AUGGACGCGGCGGAGGUGCUGGAGCGGCCCGAAGCGCGCGUGUGGGCGACUCCCGAGGAGGCGGCGCAGAUGAGGGCCAACGGGUUGCAGCUGCGCCCCGCGGCAGGCGAGGCCGGCGCCGCGGCGGCUGGCGGCGGCAGCGGCGGCCGCCGCAGCCGCGUGCGGGAGUGGGUCCUGAGCCUGCAGCCCGUGGGCGUUAGCAAGGAGAGGUAUGCGCCGUGGCUGGGGCGGCCGCUGGGUCAGGAGGACGUUGAUAGAUUGUGGCUGCAGCGCGCCGACCUCUCAAGCAACAAGCCGGGCCCGGGUGAGGUCGACGUGACAGAUCGGUUGCACCACAAAUUCAUCAACAGCGUAAGGGUGACGAUAAUGAAAAAGUGCAUCGCGUUCAGGUUCAAGUAA